AUGAUAUUAUUUUCUUAUGCAUGUAUAGUUAGUAUACUAGAAUUUGUCGUUGCCGUACAAGCAGAUACAAAACCAGCUUUAAAUAAUAAUGAAUUACCGUUGUCUCUUUCAAAUGAGCAAGUUACCGAAUAUAAUUAUGAAAAAACUAUUCAAUCAAACGCAACUGAAAAUAAUCAAGAUCAUUCGAUUACAACAAAUAUAAAUACCGAGUUCGUACAAGAAAUACAUUCAAGCAACGAACUGGAUCUAAAUGUUGCAGAUUCCUCUGAUUUAAAUUCUGCAUUCAAUAUGGAUAUAAUGUCAGAUAUGAAUUUGUUAAAUAAUAAUGAAGCAUCGAUUACUAAGGAUUAUGGAACGCAGAUGAGUACUCUCGAAAUCUCAAAUACAGAGGUAAAAAUAGAAGGCAUUUCAAAUAGUGGUCAAAAUAGUAAAAUAAAUGGAGGGACUACAUCAACAACAUCAUCGACCUCCAAUUCGAAUGGUUCUCCGUCUAGUUCUUCUCCAAAGUCUCCAACCGGAGAUUCAACGGGCAAACCAAAUGGUCAAGAUUAUGAUUCCAAUGGAAACAAGAUAGUUGAUACUAAUGUUAUGAGUAGUUACCAAUCAUCAAGCUCUUAUGGAUACAAUUCACAAAAUAUAGCUGAUAUAAAUGGAAAAAUUCCAACUCCAGCAACAUCAUCCCCUGGUUCAAAUGGUUCUCCAACUCCAGCAACAUCAUCCCCUGGUUCAAAUGGUUCUCCAUCAAGUGCGACUCCAACUUACCCUAACGGACUUUCAAAUAGUGGUCCCAAUAGUAAAUCAAAUGGAGGGACUCCAUCACCAACAUCAACGACCUCCAAUUCGAAUGGUUCUCCGUCUAGUUCUUCUCCAAAGUCUAUAACCGGAGAUUCAACGGGCAAAUCAAAUAGUCAAGAUUAUGAUUCCAAUAGAAACAAGAUAGUUGAUACUAAUGUUAUGAGUAGUUACCAAUCAUCAAGCUCUUAUGGAUACAAUUCACAAAAUAUAGCUGAUAUAAAUGGAAAAAUUCCAACUCCAGCAACAUCAUCCCCUGGUUCAAAUGGUUCUCCAACUCCAGCAACAUCACCUCCUGGUUCAAAUGGUUCUCCAUCAAGUGCGACUCCAACUUACCCUAACGGACUUUCAAAUAGUGGUCCCAAUAGCAAAUCAAAUGGAGGGACUCCAUCACCAACACCAUCGACCUCCAAUUCGAAUGGUUCUCCGUCUAGUUCUUCUCCAAAGUCUCCAACCGGAGAUUCAACGGACAAACCAAAUGGUCAAUAUUAUGAUUCCAAUGGAAACAAGAUAGUUGAUACUAAUGUUAUGAGUAGUUACCAAUCAUCAAGCUCUUAUGGAUACAAUUCACAAAAUAUAGCUGAUAUAAAUGGAAAAAUUCCAACUCCAGCAACAUCAUCCCCUGGUUCAAAUGGUUCUCCAACUCCAGCAACAUCAUCCCCUAAUUCAAAUGGUUCUCCAUCAAGUGCGACUCCAACUUCCCCUAACGGACUCUCAAAUAGUGGUCCCAAUAGUAAAUCAAAUGGAGGGACUACAUCACCAACAUCAUCGACCUCCAAUUCGAAUGGUUCUCCGUCUAGUUCUUCUCCAAAGUCUAUAACCGGAGAUUCAACGGGCAAACCAAAUGGUCAAGAUUAUGAUUCCAAUGGAAACAAGAUAGUUGAUACUAAUGUUAUGAGUAGUUACCAAUCAUCAAGCUCUUAUGGAUACAAUUCACAAAAUAUAGCUGAUAUAAAUGGAAAAAUUCCAACUCCAGCAACAUCAUCCCCUGGUUCAAAUGGUUCUCCAUCAAGUGCGACUCCAACUUCCCCUAACGGACUUUCAAAUAGUGGUCCCAAUAGUAAAUCAAAUGGAGGGACUACAUCACCAACAUCAUCGACCUCCAAUUCGAAUGGUUCUCCGUCUAGUUCUUCUCCAAAGUCUCCAACCGGAGAUUCAACGGGCAAACCAAAUGGUCAAGAUUAUGAUUCCAAUGGAAACAAGAUAGUUGAUACUAAUGUUAUGAGUAGUUACCAAUUAUCAAGCUCUUAUGGAUACAAUUCACAAAAUAUAGCUGAUAUAAAUGGAAAAAUUCCAACUCCAGCAACAUCAUCCCCUGGUUCAAAUGGUUCUCCAUCUCCAGCAACAUCAUCCCCUGGUUCAAAUGGUUCUCCAUCAAGUGCGACUCCAACUUACCCUAACGGACUUUCAAAUAGUGGUCCCAAUAGUAAAUCAAAUGGAGGGACUCCAUCACCAACAUCAUCGACCUCCAAUUCGAAUGGUUCUCCGUCUAGUUCUUCUCCAAAGUCUCCAACCGGAGAUUCAACGGGCAAAUCAAAUGGUCAAGAUUAUGAUUCCAAUGGAAACAAGAUAGUUGAUACUAAUGUUAUGAGUAGUUACCAAUUAUCAAGCUCUUAUGGAUACAAUUCACAAAAUAUAGCUGAUAUAAAUGGAAAAAUUCCAACUCCAGCAACAUCAUCCCCUGGUUCAAAUGGUUCUCCAUCAAGUGCGACUCCAACUUCCCCUAACGGACUUUUAAAUAGUGGUCCCAAUAGUAAAUCAAAUGGAGGGACUCCAUCACCAACAUCAUCGACCUCCAAUUCGAAUGGUUCUCCGUCUAGUUCUUCUCCAAAGUCUCCAACCGGAGAUUCAACGGGCAAACCAAAUGGUCAAGAUUAUGAUUCCAAUGGAAACAAGAUAGUUGAUACUAAUGUUAUGAGUAGUUACCAAUCAUCAAGCUCUUAUGGAUACAAUUCACAAAAUAUAGCUGAUAUAAAUGGAAAAAUUCCAACUCCAGCAACAUCAUCCCCUGGUUCAAAUGGUUCUCCAUCUCCAGCAACAUCAUCCCCUGGUUCAAAUGGUUCUCCAUCAAGUGCGACUCCAACUUACCCUAACGGACUUUCAAAUAGUGGUCCCAAUAGUAAAUCAAAUGGAGGGACUCCAUCACCAACAUCAUCGACCUCCAAUUCGAAUGGUUCUCCGUCUAGUUCUUCUCCAAAGUCUCCAACCGGAGAUUCAACGGGCAAAUCAAAUGGUCAAGAUUAUGAUUCCAAUGGAAACAAGAUAGUUGAUACUAAUGUUAUGAGUAGUUACCAAUUAUCAAGCUCUUAUGGAUACAAUUCACAAAAUAUAGCUGAUAUAAAUGGAAAAAUUCCAACUCCAGCAACAUCAUCCUCUGGUUCAAAUGGUUCUCCAUCAAGUGCGACUCCAACUUCCCCUAACGGACUUUCAAAUAGUGGUCCCAAUAGUAAAUCAAAUGGAGGGACUCCAUCACCAACAUCAUCGACCUCCAAUUCGAAUGGUUCUCCGUCUAGUUCUUCUCCAAAGUCUCCAACCGGAGAUUCAACGGGCAAACCAAAUGGUCAAGAUUAUGAUUCCAAUGGAAACAAGAUAGUUGAUACUAAUGUUAUGAGUAGUUACCAAUCAUCAAGCUCUUAUGGAUACAAUUCACAAAAUAUAGCUGAUAUAAAUGGAAAAAUUCCAACUCCAGCAACAUCAUCCCCUGGUUCAAAUGGUUCUCCAACUCCAGCAACAUCAUCCCCUGGUUCAAAUGGUUCUCCAUCAAGUGCGACUCCAACUUCCCCUAACGGACUUUCAAAUAGUGGUCCCAAUAGUAAAUCAAAUGGAGGGACUACAUCACCAACAUCAUCGACCUCCAAUUCGAAUGGUUCUCCGUCUAGUUCUUCUCCAAAGUCUCCAACCGGAGAUUCAACGGGCAAACCAAAUGGUCAAGAUUAUGAUUCCAAUGGAAACAAAAUAGUUGAUACUAAUGUUAUGAGUAGUUACCAAUUAUCAAGCUCUUAUGGAUACAAUUCACAAAAUAUAGCUGAUAUAAAUGGAAAAAUUCCAACUCCAGCAACAUCAUCCCCUGGUUCAAAUGGUUCUCCAUCAAGUGCGACUCCAACUUCCCCUAACGGACUUUCAAAUAGUGGUCCCAAUAGUAAAAUAAAUGGAGGGACUCCAUCAACCCCAACAUCGACCUCUAAUUCGAAUAGUUCUCCGUCUAGUUUUUCUCCGAUAUCUCUUUACGGAGAUUUUACGGAAAAGCCGAAUGGACAAGAUUAUGAUUCUAAUGGUAAGAAGUUAAGCGAUAACACUUUUAUGAAUAGUUAUCAAUCAUCAAAUUAUUUUGGAUAUAUUCAAAAUACAGCAGAUCAAGAUACUAGUUCUAAUUAUCCACCAGGAAUGAGUGAAUAUAUAAAUAAUGAAUUAUUACAAAAUUCAGUCUCAAAUUUCAAUUUACAGAAUACUGCUACACCAGAUCAGCUUGGUACUGUUCCUAGUAGUUCAUUUACUAUGCAAAAUAGAAACUCAAAAGAUUCACCGAGUGGAUUGAAUACUCCAACAGAUAUGAAUGGACCACCACAUACAGUAGAUCAGACUUCAACUGGGACUGAAUAUUCAAGUUUUGGUUCAGAAAAGUAUGGAUCUUCGAAUUAUGAUUUUGAUUAUGAAUUACGUAAUAUGGAUGUAGUUGAGGGUUUGAACGAUGGUCAAUUAAACAUUGAUGAUAGGUAUAUCUCUGAUAAUUAUGAUGAUGUGAAUAAUGACGGAGUGAACAUUCCUCUUUUAAACGAAAAUGGGGACGUUUAUAAUAACUAUUUUUAUGCGGAUAAUUCUAUUAAAACUGCACGAAGUUUGAAUGGUAAUUUUGACACACAAAAUGAUGGUAAUUAUGUUGAUGGUUAUUUCGGAAAUGUUCCGUUUGAUGAUGGUAUUAUGCAAGAACCUUCCUAUGAACCUUAUGCACCUAAUUUAAAUGCUAGGUAUGAAAAUAGUCAACUGCAGUAUGGAUUUAAUCAGAAUCCCCCACCUUUCAGAGGUUAUCCAUAUAUGGGAAAUGAUAUUACGCCUUUUGACACCAAUAUUUAUCCUGAUAUUAGUCCUCAAAUGUCUGUUGCUGACCUUUAUAACUAUAACAACAUAGAUGGCAUUGAAUAUGAUCAAACUAAAAUUGGAAUAGAAGAAACCAGUCCUGAAAAUAUUCAAUUAAGUAGUAGUGAUUUGAAUACAUUUUCAAGUAACCAAAUUUCACAAGCAACUGACAGUUUUAUAGAUACAGAUUUGACAUCUGAUCAUCUAUUAUAUGACUUUGUUGAUGCUGACAAUAGAGAUUUAGAAACCAUUGAUUCAAAUUAUAUAGCUCAAGUAAAUGAAAACAAUUUGUAUAAUGGUCAAGGUUUUGAUGGUUAUAAUAAUAUGAAAUCAAUAAAUGUACCAAAAUACAACCAAUUUAAUGGUGAUUAUACUACAACUUAUUUGAGUAAUUUAGGUACUUUUGAAACCAGUUCUUUAAACACAGGAACCGAUGCUGCUGUAGAUGUUCCUGAAGGACCCUACCUAACACCACAGCUAUUGAAUUCUAAGUAUGAUUUGCCUACUAGUAGUGAUUUAAAUAAACAAAGUUCUGAUUCAAAUAGUUUCCUAGUUGAUAAUGUUCAAUUGAAUGGAUUCUUGUAUCGUAAAACUGAUACAUCAAAUGAUAAUACUCAAGUAGAAGGUUCUGCUGCAUUCAAUUAUAAUGGUUCUCCAAUGAAUGUUGUAGAUAAUCGCUUUAAGUCUAUUCAAAAUACAGUUUUAAGUAAAAAUAAUGUAUUAGAUGUUGGUCAAAAUGUGUAUGGUGCUAAUGGACAGGUUAUUGGAAUAAUCUAUAAGCCUUCUGGUAUUGUUAAAACUAAAAAUCGUCAUAAAUAUAGUGGUAGUAGUAGUUAUAGCAGUAUCAACGAUAGUGAGUUUUCUGAUGAUAUGCAUGCGAUUGGACAUGAUAUUAAAAGAGCUGCUCGUGAUGCAAUAGGUAAUAUACAUGAUAAUAUAAAGGAUGCCUAUGACACUACGAAAGCUGUUGGAAAAGCAGUUGGAAAUAUUGCAGGAAACGUUGCCAGUAAAGCUGCAGAUGGUGUUGGUAAAGCUGCUGAUGAUGUUGAAAAAUCAGCCAAAACUGCAUAUCAAGAUACAAAGAAUGCUGCGAAAGACGUAAGAAAUGCUGUUGGUGAAGCUGCUAAUGAUGUUGGAGAAACUGCCAAAACUGUAUAUCAAGAUUCAAAGAAUGCUGCGAAAGGCGUAGGAAAUGCUAUUGGUGAAGCUGCUAAUGAUGUUGGAGAAACUGCCAAAACUGCAUAUCAAGAUACAAAGAAUGCUGCGAAAGACGUAAGAAAUGCUGUUGGUGAAGCUGCUAAUGAUGUUGGAGAAACUGCCAAAACUGUAUAUCAAGAUUCAAAGAAUGCUGCGAAAGGCGUAGGAAAUGCUAUUGGUGAAGCUGCUAAUGAUGUUGGAGAAACUGCCAAAACUGCUUAUCAAGAUUCAAAGAAUACUGUGAACGGCAUAGAAAACGCUGUUAGUGAUGCUGUAGAUGAUUUAGAAGGAACAGCUUAA